AGUGAUUGGAAACAAGGAUGACCACAAACCAGACCCAGAGCUUGCACGUUGUGAAUGGUAUUGGGAAUGGUCCCCACUCACUGGACGCUUAUACUCCUGAGGAAACACUGAAGCAAAUGGAAGAACUGAUUAAGGAGAACAAUGAGCUAAAAGAAGCCAUUAAACAAACUAACCAUGCCAUGAAAGAACGAUAUGAAGAACUUGCAACUUGGCGUGAGAAACAGAGAGAAGAACGGGAGUAUAUCCAGAAAAAGUUUGAGGAAGCCAAAAGCAAAUUAAUGGCCGCGACUGCAGAGAAUGAAGCUCUGAAGAAAAUGCAACCUCAAAAUACACAGGGAAUGUCCAAAGGUGACUUGUUCAAUGCUGGUGUGACCCCAACUCUGGUGGAACAAGAAGUUCUACAACUGAAGGCACAAAUUCACAGAUUGCAGACAGAAAAGGCUGAUUUGGUGGCCAUGAAUUCAGAGCUCCUUGUGAAGCUGGGUGCAGCAUCAUCAGAGGAUUCCUUUGUUGAAAUUCGAAUGGUGGAGGCAAUGGAAAACGCAGAGUUAAAACCAAAGGAAUUGGAGUGCCAGGGUGCAAACAGUCCUGCGAAUUAUAAGUCAAAAACUCAUGACAGUGGUGAAAAAUGUCUGUCAGAGGAGUUAACCGUCAGACAACUGCUUAACUUGUUGAGGGACAAGACUCUGAAAUUGGAAAGCCUUGAACAAGAGCUUCAGACGUGCAAGGAAAGGAUUUGCGAACUCUCCAAAGUUCCUGAAACAGCUGAUGGUGCGACACAGACUGAGGAAAGUGCAGGAGAACCGUCUUUGUCCAAUGUCAACCAGGAAUCCGAAUUAAUGCUCGUUGAUGUGAAGGAAGAGGAUAUUGAAAUGACUACUUCAUCUCCAGAUGAGGUUGAAGUAUUGAAGUCACAAGUGAUGGCACUAGUUAAAGACUUACAGGAAGCCCAGACAAAACUAGAUGAAGCUGAAGACCUGAAGAAGAUUCUACAAGAAAGAUAUCUGGAAUUGGAACAAAAGCUGGCUGGCGACCAGGUGGUUCUGGAGGAGAUGAAGCAGCUUAAAUAUUCCAAUGCAAAAUUGAAACUGCAAGUGGAAAGCUUACAAUCCGAACAAAAAAUUGAGCAGCUAAAAUUUACUGACGAGAAACUGAAAUUGGCAGAGGAAAAGAGAAAACUUACGCAGAUGCAAGCAGCCUAUGAUGAUAUGUUUAAAGAUUGCAGCAGCCUUACGAAAACUAAUGAAGAAAUGAAAAUUAAAGAGAGUACACAGACUGAGUCGCUGAAUAGACUUGUUGCUGAGCUGGAUGUGUUGAGAAGAACAAAGGAAGAAAACCAGAAAAUGCUUGAUCAGAUUGCCCAAACUGUUUCCCAGCAAGCUGAUGAGUUAAAAAUGCAGAGGAAUGCACAGAAUGCCGAUUUGGUUGACAUUUCUGCGCAGUUGGACAUGGCAGAGAAAGCCCUGGUGGAGAAGCAGGGCAAGAUCGAUGCGAUGAAGCAGACUAUUAUAAAACAGGAGGAAGAAAUGGAAACGGUGGCUGUCUUCAAAGCACAGGCUGACGUGUACAGUGCAGAUUUCCAUGCUGAGAGAGCAGCUCGAGAGGCGAUCCAUACAGAGAAGCAAUCUCUGGUUGAACGGUUGGAUGAGCUGAUGAAGGAAAACAUCCAACUGAAGGAUGAACUGGACACACUUGGCAGGCAGUCUUUGGUGGAACUCCAACGUCGCCAUGGGGGUUGUGGGCCAGUGGCUGAGAAUGAUGCAGCAUUACAGCAGCAGGGAGCUCGAGAACCCAGAAAUGCUAGUUGGGAUCCCCAAGCCCCUCUGCCAGAACAUGCUUGCCCAAAGUGUGGUCUUAUCCUGCCUGACAUCGACACCUUACAGAUCCACGUCAUGGACUGCAUCAUAUGAGCACACGAGAUACUGCGAUAGCUAUGCACACACGUCACUUGAUUCCCUUCUCCCGAGGGAUGUGGAAAGAGACAGAGAUUUAUUAAUCUUGUUAUUACAGUUAUUUUCAAAUCAUUAAAUAUGAAAGUAAUUAUGUCAUGCUAUUUUAAUAUUGUACAUUUAUAUAAGGAGCAAUCAGGAAACGUGCCAAAGGAAUGUAAUACUGCUCGUUAGAAUGUGCAAAUUGAACAUAACUAUUUUCCUGCAGUUUUGUUAAUAGAUUUACAACUACUGAAAAACUUAAAAUACUCUUAUUCUUUUCUUAAAUCUUUAAGGUUAUGUAAAACAAGUCGGCUACAUAAAGAAUUUCAUUUUGUAAGGCUGAUUCUGAAUUGUAUAUUAGUCUGCCAGUGUUUUAAAAUCAGUGAUAGUUGCAGUGACUUGGUUGUGAGAGGAAUUACACAGCCCACACUGGGGUAUCCACGAGGUAGCGUUUGUUGAGGGCGUGCAUCUGGCGUUGGAUAAAGUACAGCUGGGGUCCGCUGCAGGUGUGGGUGAGGGACACUGGGAUAUCGUUGUGCUGAACUUCCUGUGGUCAGCCUUGCAAUUUGAAGAGUGCAUUUAAAAAAUCUACUUCAACACGUUGGUGAAUGGGCUAAUUAUGCUCAGUCACAGGGUUUUAAAAUAGUGCCUGGCUGUAAAAUGGAAUGUUUGUAAAGAAUAAAAAUAAAGAGAAUAUAUCCAGUA